UUUGCUUGGAGAAACUCUGUUUGAGAUCAGUGGACAAGGUCCUGCACCCAUGAAGGACUAUUUUCACUUUGCAAUAACAAAGUCUGAGGUUAUCUGGAGCUGGUGGAAGAUAUCUUUGAGAUUAGGCUGCAAGAAUGCACCACCUGGACAACUGAGAGAAACACAUGAAGACUUUCUAGAAGACAACCGACUGCAAAAUCAAGUGGCCAUGGUAUUUGGUUCUCACAUCUUGCAGUACUCCAAAAAUUUAUGUCAGGGAUACUAUGAUUUCAUUGCCCGUCUCCCCAAUGCUUUACUUUUUAAAAUCAUGGGAUACCUUGACCUUGAAAACAUUUCAGUUCUUUCACGCACCUGCCGUAAAUUUAGAGAGCUUUGUAACUCUGAGGAGUUCUGGGAGCAGACAGUGAGGAAGCAUUGUGACACAGUGACUCCAACAGUGGAGGCUUUAGCUAAGGAGGUUGGCUGGAAGACAAUUUUCUUCACCAACAAGCUGCAGCUGCAGCUGCAGAUUAGCCGCCGGAAGCAGAAGGACAAUCAGCCCUGUGAGGAUAAAGAUGAGCCCAGUUCCUCUUCAGUAGCCCUGGAGUAGUUGGUUAAAGGCCCUAUUCAAAGCUUAUUUUUUUGUCUAAAAAGAUUUUCUUGGUAGAAGUAGAACACAGUUUUUGCUUAAUGAAUGACGAUUUCACUGUGUACUUUUUAUGUAUACAUCUGCAAAUAUUACACAUUUUCUCAUAUCUCAAAUAUUUUUUGAUCAUAUCAGAGCCAAAACAUCUAAUUGUCUGGCAUAUUUAUAGCAAUUAAGAGACUUUUAUAAUACACACAUGACAAUUUUUCUACUUGACAAUAUACCUCACACACUACAACAGUAUUGUCCUGUGCAAAUGCCAAUAUUUGUGUACAACAGUUUCCAUAAAAUAGUUUAAAUAUAUUAAAAUUUUAAUCAUUA